GACCGGGAGCAGAACCGGGACCGGGAUUCUGGACCCACUGGAACCGGCCCCUCAGGACCCCUUGUGACCCCUGGGGACCGGGAGCAGAACCGGGACCGUGAUCAGACCCAGAACCGGGACCAGGAUCAGACCCAGAACCGGGAGCAGAACCGGGACCGGGAGCAAAACCGGGACCGUGAUCAGACCCAGAACCGGGACCGGGAUCAGAACCAGGACCGGGACCAGAACCGGGAUCAGAACCGGGAUCAGAACCGGGAUCAGAACCGGGAUCAGAACCGGGAUCAGGACCGGGAUCAGAACUGGGACCGGAACCAGAACCAGGAUCAGAACCGGAAUCAGGACCGGGAUCAGGACCGGGAUCAGAACCGGGACCGGGAUCAGAACCGGGAUCAGGACCGGGAUCAGAACCGGGACCGGUACCGGGAGCAGCCGGGGGCGGUGCCGGUGCUGCCGCCGGGCUCGCGGAGCAGCGGCAUCAUCGUCAGCCCGCGACAGCGCGGCAAUCCGGUGCUGCGCUUCAUCCGCGGCGUCCCCUGGCGCUUCGGCGACGUCGUCCCCGACUACGUCCUGGGCGCCAGCACCUGCGCCCUCUUCCUCAGCCUCAGGUACCACCAGCUGCACCCCGAGUACAUCCACGAGCGGCUCCGGGAGCUGGGGCGGAGCUUCGGCCUCCAGCUGCUGCUGCUGCAGGUGGACGUGCGGGACCCUCAGCGCUCGCUGCAGGACCUGGCCAAGGUUUGUCUCCUCACCGACUGCACCCUGCUGCUGGCCUGGAGUGCGGAGGAGGCCGGGCGUUACCUGGAGACCUUCAAGUCCUACGAGCAGAAACCGCCGGAUCUGCUGCGGGAGCGCGUGGAGCCCGACUUCCUGUCCCGGGUGCGUGUCACCGUGUCCCCAAAUGUCCCCAAUUUGUCCCUUUGUCCCUUUGUCCCCAACCAGGCCAAGCGACUCUUCGAUGUCCUGCACGAGCCGUUCCUCAAGAGCCCACGAUGAGCCCCAAAAAUCCCCCAAAUCCCCAAAAAA